ACGUUAAUGGAGGGAAAAGGGGACCAGAUUUCCAACGAUGCCAGCGAAUAUUUUGAGAAUGUAAAGCCAUUUCUGAAAGAUGAUGAGUUAUGGAAGGAUGAAAAAAAUAACCAAAAGAAAGGAGGUAUCGAAGAAUAUGAAGCGACCGCACUUUCUAAAAGCAGUUUAAAAAGUAUUCAUUUAUUCCAACUUUUGAUUAUGUUAAAUCAUUCAGUCUAUUUAUCAGAAAACUUUGAUAUUAAAGGUAAUUAUUAUAUAGGUUCUACCAAAAGGAAAAUAACUGAUGACGCUCAAGGAAAUCAAAGACCGCGUAAAAGAUUAUUGACUAAUGAUUAA